UUGGUGCCGAUAAAUGGACUUGGCAACACUUACUGGCCCUUCAUCGCUGGGAGUUUGCUCUGCCUCGCUGCUAUCGCUCUGGCUGCCACUGGAAUCCUGUGCUACAGUCGAAAGAGGCGCUCAGGUCAUCGUUGGCGAUCUGACACUGCUGCAGUCGUACUAGAAGACUGCUUCGCAGAAGAGCCGAAACCCAUAGAGAAGUCAGCACUGGAUCGUAAGACGCAGCGUGCAGAGAUGAACGAAUACAUUUCCACGGACACCAAAUCAGCAUCUCCAGCUAGCGUAGGCUCACCCCCUAGUCGUCCGUCGAAUCCCGUACCCAUCAAGCGCUUCCAAGAGUACGUGACACGAGCCCUUGUUGAAGACACACUGGCGCUUGAGUACACGACGCUGAGGAAUGGGAAGCUGCACCCGGCAACCGUCGCGGAAAAGUCCGACCACAGGCCAAAGAACCGCGACGGAAACGUUCUGCCAUACGACCACUCGAGAGUUGUGCUUAGGGGCGAAGGCAUCGUGGACUACAUCAAUGCAAGCUUCAUACCGGAUUUCAGAAAUCCGCGAAGAUACAUCGCAGCACAAAGCCCUGCCCACGCAACCACUUCCGACUUCUGGCAAAUGGUUUGGCAGGAAAAUAUUGUUAAGGUGGUCGCUCUGUCUGGACCGAAGGAGGAGGCGGUGUACUGGCCAGAAUCACGGGCAAAAUACGGAAGUAUUACAGUGACCCUGAAAAGGACGGAGCUCAAGGCUGACUUUGCAGUGCGGGAACUCGAAGUGUCAGUGGACUUAAACACCCGUAUCGUGACGCACUUCCACUACACGGCAUGGCCGCACGGCAAAAUGCCACCGUGCACUGACUCGCUGGAGUCGUUCAUCACAGCGGUCCGCGCCUACAGCCCUGACGACACUCAUCCAAUCAUGGUCCACAGCAGGUUCGGUGUUGGCAGAACUGGAACAUUCAUCCUCAUAGACAGCACAAUCUCUCAGUCUGAGGCAGAAGGAGAAGUGGAUUGUUUGAGACAGCUUCAUUCUAUGCGGCACAGCAGGAUGAACAUGGUGGAAACUCAGGAGCAGUACAUCGCCGCGCACAAGCUUUUGGUUAACAUGGCUUGUACAAAGAGCAGAAAGUUGACAAUCGAAGAGUUCUUGAAGUUGUACCAAAACUUGAAGGCGACACAUCCAGCCACUGGGAAAUCUCUGAUGUACAAGGAAUUUGAGGAAUUGAACCGAAUGCGCCCACACCCUGAUGCCUCGGAAUACAAAGCCGCAAGAGACGAGUGCAAUGCCGGCAAGAACAGAUCGCAGAAGAUCUUGGCCGCCGACAGCAAGAGGCCUCUACUGAAUGUGACAACGGACCACGGCAAGACGGAUUACAUCAAUGCCGUGUAUGUCGAUGGGUUUAGGAAACCCAACGCCUUUCUCGUGACACAGAUGCCUUUGAACGGCACGCUGGACGACUUCUGGGAAAUGGUCGCCUCCUCUGGCUCUGUAACUGUGGUUACAUUGGGACCGCUGCCAGACGAGACAACACUGAUGUUCUGGCCAGACUUCAACAGCUCUUCCAAGCAUGGCAAAAUUACAGUAGAGCACAGAGAGAGCACAGGUUUCCCAAGCCUGGUUGUGCGAAGUUUCAACAUCUGCCAAAACGAGAAUUCGUCGCGGACGUUGAAGCAGUUCCACUGUCCCACGUGGAAGCGUCUGGAAAAGGUUCCUGGCUCGCAUGAGAUCGUGCUGGACAUGCUUCGCCGCGUGGACACGUGGCAAAUGCGUGCCGACGGGGCGCCGGUCGUCGUUCAGUGCCUCGAUGGCUGUCAAGAGUGUGGUUUGUACUGCGUCUUGUCCAGCGUAUGCGAUCAGCUGAUGCUUGAGCACGAAGUGGACGUCUUUCGCUGCGUACAGCGAGUUCGGGCAAGCCGACCGGAGUUCAUCGUCAGUGCGGAUCAGUAUGCCUUCUGCUAUGAGGUCGCACACCGAUUUAUUGACUCCUUCGGCUCCUACUCCAACUUCAGCGGCUGACAUUUUUAUUGAAGUUGUUCCUGCAGACGUGUUAAGCUGGAGUGCGGUGUGCAGGAAAACACCUUCAGCCCUUCAGUAGACACCGUGAUUGCUGCAAUAUUUUUUUUUCGUAACAGAAGUGCAUCGCAGCAGAAACCGCAAGAAUGGUGUUGGUUUUGUUUGCAUAAAGAUUCUUCACUGU